AUGCAGAAUCAGGUGCUUAUUAUGCAUUUUAUGCAUACAUGUAUUUAUAAUUUCUUUUCCCCCUCCCCUCUUUUUUUUUUCUUUCUCUUUGUUUGUUACUUGUACAAAUUCCUGUGUGUGUGUGUGUGUGUGUUUGAGCCCCAACCUCCACCCACCCACCCCCCCUUUUUUUUUUUUUGGCGGCUUCUUCCUCUGUUUGUGGACUUUACUUUACGUUUCCUGUUCUCCUCUCUUAUCUUUGUUUAUUUCAAGAGGACAUUGAUUGUUGUGGCUCUUGCGCUUCGUUUUGCCACUGCUGUCAUAUUUUUGAUGGCCGUGGAUAAGUUGCCAUUGACGCAGUGCUGCUUAUUAUUAUUAUUAUUAUUAUUAUUGAUCACGUGCCACGUCGGAUAA